AUGCCGACUGCUUCUGAGGCUGAAGGACUAGCUUGGCUUCACAGAUCCUCAUACGAAGUCCUUCUGUUGAGCAGGAUCCUCCUGGUCAACUUCAUCAGCUUCUGUGUGGAGAAGGGAGUGGAGGAAUGCAUCGUGACCAGUAAAACAACCAUGUAACAGGCUGUGCUCUUUGGAGUGGAUUGGCUCUGGGCUCUGUUGGGUGCUGACAAGUGCAUCGAGCUGCAGCUGAGUGCAGAUCCUACAGCUGGCAGAGCUCUGCCACAGCGGGAUGGCCGCACAGGAGCACUGGGGACAGCCUGGAGGCUGUACUGUCCAGACAAGAUCUGCUGUCUGGUAGGAUGGGACUGCGAGGGCUUGUUUGCCACGUUUGGCAUGCCAGAACCUGAGGACCAAAUCCUGCUGGAUAACAUUGUGAAGGAAGAGCAGAAACACUGCCUGUUGAUCAGGCAGCUUCCUGCCCACAGAGAGGUGCUGGAGAGCUGCAUUGGUGCAACACACGGGCUGAAGGAGGCAGGCAAUCUGUCCAUAAAUCUCUGUAAACCUCGAGCUGGCAGCAGGGUGUCUGCAGGCCCUCACCAAAGGCUGUGGGUGGCGCUCAGCCUCGGUGGGCUUCGUGCCCAACAUCACUCCACCCCUAUUUCUCACCUUCCCCCUCCACCCACUGUACUGCCUUCUAUUGUGCAGCAGCCAAUCUGACUCAGUCUGCCCAGGUUUUAGAACAACAGCACACUGUUCUAGAAUACAAUCUGCCAGAAAAAAAUGUUUAUAGAAGGCGUGGAGCCAUCCCAGGACAUUUUGUUCACCAACCAUGGAGCCUUGGCUGGGGCCAUGAAGGCUUUAUCAAAUGGUGCCUUCAGGAAGAGUUAUUAGGCUUGGCUCAGCCUUUGUGUGCUGUGCAUAUAGAAAGGGCAGGCUGGUUUCUUUUUUCUUUUUUUUUUUUUAAAUAGUAUGUUGAGUCUGUAAUAGAGAAAACAUGCUGUUACUGCUGUCAGAGUGGUGGUACAGGUAGAGAAAAAUGCAAGGGCUUCAGAACGCUGUUGGAGGAAUGGAGCUCGUUCUCCUAGUGGAGAACUCCCUGUCCUGAGAUAGAAAUGAGCCAAAU